AAACUCAACUUUCCGGGAAUUAUUACCUAAGGGAAAAAUAACGAACGGAGCCAUCGCCAAACCAACAACCGUUCGGGUGAGCUAGACGAGAACGACGUCGCACCCGCCAUUUUCUCCAUCCUUGAAGCAAUAGCUUCUUCACUUCAGAUCUCUUCUUCAUCCUCUUCUUCUCCUUCUUCUUCUUCUUCUCCGUCUUCUCUCUUCGUACCUUCCUCUCUCUCCAUGUUCUACUGUAUUCUCUAGGGUUUCGGAUCCUUUGCCUGUUUUCGAGAGGUCGAAUUCGAUACCUUAGAUCCGGCGGUGGAGUGGAAAUCGCUUUCGCUAUCUCUUCCCAUCAUUUUGGGUUUCUACUGUCUGAUUUUUUUGAAAAUCUGAAGAUUCUCUUCGUGGAUCCAGCAAAAUGGCGGAUUCCGAGCCAAUUUCGCCUGGCCAGGUUUCGUUUCUGCUCGGAGUCAUCCCUGUCUUCAUAGCAUGGAUAUACUCAGAGUUUCUAGAGUAUAAGAGGUCUUCAUUGCACUCUAAAGUUCAUUCAGAUAAUAAUUUGGUUGAACUGGGUGAGGUGAAAAACAAGGAAGAGGAAGUAGCAGUUUUACUGGAAGGAGGUCUUCCAAGAUCAGUCUCUUCGAAGUUCUAUAACUCGCCUAUCAAAACGAACUUGAUUAGGUUUCUGACGCUGGAUGACUCUUUCUUGAUUGAAAAUCGAGCAACCUUGAGAGCAAUGGCUGAGUUUGGGGCGAUUCUUUUUUACUUCUAUAUUUGCGAUCGAACGAACUUGCUUGGAGAGUCGAAAAAGAAUUACAACCGAGACCUUUUCCUCUUUCUCUACUGUCUGCUCAUCAUAGUGUCAGCCAUGACAUCCUUGAAGAAACACAAUGACAAAUCACCAAUUACAGGGAAAUCCAUCCUCUAUCUUAAUCGUCACCAGACUGAAGAGUGGAAGGGAUGGAUGCAGGUUCUAUUUCUGAUGUAUCAUUACUUUGCUGCGGCUGAGAUAUAUAAUGCAAUCCGAGUCUUCAUCGCUGCCUACGUCUGGAUGACUGGUUUUGGGAACUUUUCUUAUUACUAUAUCAGAAAGGAUUUCUCCCUAGCACGAUUCACUCAGAUGAUGUGGCGUCUUAACUUAUUCGUGGCUUUUAGCUGCAUUAUUCUCAAUAAUGAUUAUAUGCUAUACUACAUCUGUCCAAUGCACACUCUGUUCACUCUAAUGGUGUAUGGAGCCCUUGGUAUCUUCAGUCGGUAUAACGAAAUACCAUCAGUAAUGGCUGUGAAGAUUGCUUCAUGCUUUCUUGUGGUCAUCUUAAUGUGGGAGAUUCCUGGAGUUUUUGAGAUUUUCUGGAGUCCUCUUACAUUCUUACUGGGAUACACUGAUCCAGCUAAACCAGAUCUACCGCUUCUACAUGAAUGGCACUUUAGAUCAGGACUUGACCGCUACAUAUGGAUUGUUGGAAUGAUAUAUGCCUAUUUCCAUCCCACUGUAGAGAGAUGGAUGGAGAAAUUGGAGGAGUGUGAUGCCAAGAGAAAGAUAUCAAUAAAAACAAGCAUAAUUGCAGUUUCCUCCUUCGUUGGUUACCUAUGGUAUGAAUACAUCUACAAGCUUGACAAAGUUACCUACAACAAAUAUCAUCCCUACACAUCAUGGAUUCCAAUAACUGUCUACAUCUGUCUACGAAAUUCCACACAACAGCUGCGAAAUUUCUCCCUGACACUAUUUGCGUGGCUCGGCAAGAUCACUCUGGAGACCUAUAUUUCUCAGUUUCACAUCUGGUUAAGAUCGAAUGUGCCUAAUGGACAGCCUAAGUGGCUAUUAUCCAUCAUUCCAGAAUACCCAAUGCUCAACUUCAUGCUCACCACGGCCAUCUAUGUCUUGGUGUCUCAUCGGCUUUUCGAGCUUACCAAUACUUUAAAGUCUGUUUUCAUACCCACAAAAGAUGACAAGAGGCUGCUCCACAACGUCCUCGCUGGAGCUGCCAUCUCUUUCUGUUUAUAUUUAACCGCUCUCAUUCUUCUUCAGAUCCCACACUAACCAUGAGGGACUAUAAACAUGUGGAAAACAUGAAUCUCAUAGAGGUUUCUAUGUCAAACUUGUUAAAUAGUUACGACACACGUCUCAUAUCGACAAUAAAGAUUUGUUUUCGAAGAUGAGUAAUUUUUGAAGCUUGCCAGAUGAAGCGUCUUUUGAGUAAUUGAAACAAGAGAGGUUUCAGAUAAUGGCUGAUCAAAGUGAAGCAUCUUGUGGCAUUUGGACGGCAUCAUCUUAGUUUUCUCUCUUUUCUGUUGUAAUUUUGCCAUAAGUUUCCAAUAUAUAGUUUCAUUUGCCUUUUUGUUCCUCUGUAUUGCUAUAUUGUCAAAAUACAGAACAAAUAUCAUCUACCAUUUUUUUUACCAGAAUGGAUUACUCAA